ACUACGCUGCACGUGUGUUUGUUUACAACGAUGUCACGAAAAACAUGGAGCUCUCUGGACAAACCGCCGCUUUCCGAGCCAGUGCUGGAGGUCCUACAGGAGUUUGGCUUUAAGCUAAUGACACCUGUGCAAACAGCAGCAAUUCCACUGCUGCUGGCACGCAAAGAUGUCUCCGCCGAGGCUGUCACAGGCAGUGGCAAAACGUUGGCAUUUCUUGUGCCUCUGCUGGAGAUUCUGCAGCGUCGACACAAGGAGACGCCUUGGGGUGCAAAGGAAAUCGGUGCACUUAUAAUUUCGCCCACACGUGAACUGGCACGCCAAAUCUCAGAGGUGUUGGCGCAGUUUCUGGCUCACGAUGAACUGGAGCACUUGAAUCAGCAGCUAAUCGUUGGCGGCAAUAGCAUUGAGGAGGACAUUGCCGCAUUAAAGCAACAGACGCCUUGCAUACUGGUGUGCACGCCGGGUCGCCUUGAGGAUUUGUUUCAACGUAAAGGUGACGAUUUAAAUUUGGCAGCACGUGUCAAGAGCCUGGAGUUCCUGGUGCUCGACGAAGCAGACCGUCUGCUGGACUUGGGCUUCAAGACAAGCGUAAAUAACAUAUUGGGCUAUCUGCCGCGGCAGCGACGCACAGGUCUCUUCUCGGCCACACAGACCACCGAGGUAACAGAUUUAAUACGUGCUGGCCUGCGUAAUCCUGUGUUAGUCUCCGUGAAAGAGAAGGCCUCGGUCAACACGCCGGCGCGUCUUCAAAAUUUCUAUAAAAUUGUGCAACCAGAGCAAAAGUUUCUGGCCUUACUGCAAUUUCUACGCUCGCCCACCUCCAGCUCCGGCAAAGUAAUGGUGUUCUUUCCCACAUGCGCCUGCGUUGAGUACUGGGCGGAGAUGCUGCCGCCAUUGCUGCCGGAGCGCAGUGUGCUAGGGAUACACGGAAAGAUGAAGAACAAACGUGCCAGCGUUGUGGAGCGUUUCCGCAGCGAGCCACAGGCGGUGCUGCUGUGCACAGAUGUGUUGGCGCGUGGUCUGGAUGUGCCCGAAAUUGAUUGGGUGGUGCAGUGGGAUCCGCCGUCCAAUGCCUCCAGUUUUGUGCAUCGUGUUGGACGCACCGCUCGGCAGGGCAACGAGGGAAAUGCUUUGGUAUUUUUGCUGCCAACCGAGGAUGCAUACAUUCAGUUCCUAAAACUGAAUCAAAAGGUUGAUCUGAGUGAGCUCCAAGAAGAAUGUGUGGCGCCACAGGAAACGGAGUUAAAGCCGUUAGUGGAGCAACUGCAUCGACUGCAGGAAGCUGACAAAGGCGCCUACGAUAAGGGAAUGCGAGCCUUUGUCUCCCACGUGCGUGCCUACACCAAGCACGAGUGCAGUGCCAUUUUGCGCCUGAAGGACCUGGAUCUGGGCAAAAUGGCCACUGCCUACGGACUGCUGCAGCUGCCUCGCAUGCCGGAACUGAAAAACUACCAAGGCGAUGGCUUCAUGGCACCCAGUUUUGAAGUCGACCUCACCAAGCUGACCUACAAGAACGCGCAAAAGGAGCAGGCGCGCAAGCAAAAGUUGCAAACGUACGAACAGACAGGCAGUUGGCCAGGUCGCCAGAAGCAGCACAUGAAACGCACCGAGUCAUGGGAUCAAACCAAGAAAGCCAAGCUGGAUGCCAAGUCAAAGAAGGAGCUGCGCAAGGCCAAAAAGGAGCGCAAGCGGAAAGCGGAAGCAGGCGAAGGCGGCUCACAGCGCAAGCGGAAACAGCAAUACACGCAGGAAGAACUGGAUGAACUGGCCAGCGAUAUACGGCUCUUCAAGCGACUCAAAAAGAAAAAAAUCACCGAUGAGGACUUUGACAAGGCCAUGGGCAUUGAUGUUGACGACGACUGAAAUGAGUAAUUAGGCUUACAAAUAUGUUGAUCAUAAAUAAUAUCUAAGAUCAGUUGUCGAAGAUUAAAUACCCUUUGUGUUUA